GUGAGAACACUGAAAUACUGGUCUGCUGUCUGAAGAAUGAUCUUUUUAUAAUGUAGUUUCUGACUGUUAUACUGUACAUUGAGGGUGAAAAGUGAGUUGAAUCAUUGCCACCUUUAAGGACCCCUGCAUUCCAAAUUAAGUAGGCUCCUAUUCAUGCACAGUGCUGAAUACAACUCUGAUUAAAGUACAUCCAAAUAUGUUUCACAGAUUUGUUAAAUAUUUCAGAAAAUUUGCUUCACGCUUUACACUGUAUGUAAAUACAUGUGUGAGCUCUAGAUCUCACUCUGGCUGUGACAUCAUCAGCCAAAGCUACUUGUAACAACGUGACAGAGGUACGUUAUAAGUUUGUCAGAGCUGACCCAGGGCUUUGAUGACCCCCAUUUUCCAGACCCUGAUUUCCAUUCUCUUGACCCAGCCCUGCUCUGAAGAAGCCCAUUAUGACAAGUAUCUGUGGUGUGCACUGUGCAGGAAUGCUGAAGCAGUGGUAUAGAGUGCAAUUCAGCACAAAAAUGAGAGACUGCAGCCAAAAAUUAUCUAGUUAUUACUGUACUUAAAAAGGUUCACGCUUUAAUGUAAAACAUUCAGUUCUCAAAACCCCAUGAUUUCAAUCUGCUGAUUACUGGUAGUUUGGCUAAUGGAGCACCCUAGAACCUUGCCUUUCACUGUCUGAUUGACGAUACUGAACAUAGUUCCCAAGACUCUCAACCUCAUAUUUCUCACUUCACUGUUGGUUCCUAGACCCUAAUUUCAGGGUUUAAUGAAGCACAAACUACUCAAAAUAUAAUUUACAUGUAAGUGCCCAAGUCUGAACCCCCCAACCUGGAAACUCACCACAGUAACAGUUUGAGGUGCAAGUAUCACCAGCAAAGACAGGCAAUAUAACAGCAUUGAUUGUGAGCAAGUGCUGAGCUGUGGGAAGUUACAUGUACAUGCCUGUACAAUUGUCUAUUGUAAAAUGUUUAAAUAGUGGCGCUGACUGUAAUUGAAAGACAAUGUGACAGCCAGAAUAAGAUCUGGGGCCCGUAACACAAAACUUAGCAAUGAUCGUAGAACAUUUUUCUACGAUUGAUUGCAUUGACUACAAUGUACAAUCUCUCAUGAAAAUCAAGUUUACGAUCAAUCGCUAUUAAACCUUUGUGUUACGGGAGCCUGGCGCUCUUUUUCCAAACAGGGAUGGAGCUUAGCAAGUAGAAAAAUAUUCUUUCAAAAAUCAUAAUCUAUGAAAAAUAUUGGAUAUCUAUAGGAAUUGUAGUCAGAACUGUGCAUCAAUAGGAAUCAAUUUGAAUUUGAAAUGCAACCACAUGUCUCGCCUCUCCAAAACAUACUCAUUAUAUUGCAUUUGACUUGCAGGAGGACCUUGUAUAUACUUCAACUUUUCUUCAAUGAAUAUUGGAAACAUUCUAAAACCAGCAAGGGUGGUGUCUCUCCUUUAAACAUGUCCUCCUCUCCAUGGAGAAUAUUUCAUUGGAGUAUCUAUCGUUUUGCAGCCAUGUUCAGGUUUCAUCACAAGGAAAACGCAGAUAGUAUAAGUCAAGUCCUACUUCUCAUCAUAGUACUUCUUUCAAUUGGCCACCAAGUUAAGGCAGUGUCCUAUGUAGAAGGGCAGGAAGCCAAGUUGAUUUUUCCAUAUCCAUGUGGCAGUAAAGAUAUCACAUUGCAGCAAUCAAAUAGGCUCCCAUUUUAUAACUCUGCAGAUGGGGCAACACUGUCUUUGCCUGAAGAGCAGUGUCAAAGAUUCAAUGUUGAGAAAAAAAAUAACACAGAUCCUUGCUAUCUUAACCUUAAAAUAAAUAAUCUACAUAGGGUUGAUCAAGGAACGUACAUUUUGUUUGUCUACGAGAAUCAGAGGCUAAUAACUGAUGACACAUACAAGAUUUGGCUUGACAUAGAUUAUCCUCCUGGUAAAGCAUCUUGUGUUGUGGAUGAAGACAAUGGUGGAAAGUGGGUUUCUGUAGACUGUAGAGCAAAGACUGGAAGUCUACCAGGAAAGAUUGAAUGCUAUCAAAAUGGUGAGUGGAUGCCUUCCCUGACGGAGCCGAUUAAAACUCACAUCACCCUAAAACAAACAAUUCUCAUCAGAAAAUCACAGCCAGCAUUUUGUUGUUCUUCAAUAUUGAAUGGAAAUAAAACAAGAGAUGAAUGCGAUGAUACUGCACUGUUCCAACAUGAUGCCAGAAGCAAUGAUUCAUCAGCUACCGUCUCCAUGAAAACAACUACUGGAAGUCAAUUAGACAUGGUAGGGAUUACAAAAACUUAUCAUUCUCCAAACAGUCAUACUAUAUCCACUAUUGGCAUUAACAAUGGCCAAGAUGACCUGAAAACAGUAAUCACACACAUGUAUUCUGGUUUGGCAGCUGCUGUGUUCCUAUUUUUAAUAAUGAAUGGAAUUUUGUUAUACAUGAUGAGAAUGAUGCACAAGAACAUUAAAGGAAACCAAAACCCAAGAAGAGAAGCAAUCUUAUUGGACAGAGUAAAAUGAGAGGAACAAUUCAAAACAAGUUUCAUCAAAAUCGGUUAUGAAAUAAGCAAGUUAUGGACGUUUAAAAAGUCUUGUUGUACUUUCAAUAGGGGUUCCUCAAAUUGGAAAACGUACUUCAAACAUGUUUUUUACUUUCCAAUAAGAUUGCUUCUCUUCUUGGGUUUGUUUUCCUUU